CGCUUCUGUCCCCUGUUGCGAGUUUCCAGGCCUUGCGUCGCAAAUUUGCCUUAAAUUUCCCCGUUGCUCUCUGUUCUGUUGUUGGGUCUCGAGUCCCUCGUCAAGGUCUUGCGUUUCACUUUUGGGUUGUGUUGAAUUGCUCGUGUUUUGAGCUUUCGGGAGCAACUUCGGGGAGUUGCUCAAUCGCGCCUUCGUGUUUGGUUAUUUUGGGGUCGGCAGCGGAAGUUUGAGGUAAAUUUGAGCAUCAUGGCGAUUCGGAACCUGCGAUGGGGAGUUGCGGUUGCGGUGGUGUUGGUGUGCAUGUUUGGCAUUGGAGAAGGUUCACAUGUCAGUCUUGGCACAGUUACAAGGUUGACAAAGCUCGGUCGCAAGGAAGCAGGUUUUGCGAAGGUAAAUUUGUGCGAUAAAUGCCUUCAGCUGUCGCAAGAAGCACAGAUGGUGCUGACUAACCCAGACACGUCAAUGAAGGUCAUGAAAACUGCAGAUCACGUUUUGUGUGACAAACUUCAACCAGGGCUGAAAACGAAGUGUGAAAGAAUGGUGGCUGACUAUGUGCCGCAAGCGUUCUUGGAGUUAGAGGCACUGCUUGGCCCACAAAAACUUUGCUAUGAAUCUGGGCUCUGCACGCCCCCUGCUAUCAAGGCUUUUCAAGACGAGAAGAAGACGUGCGUGGUUUGCGAAGCCUUGGCCACUGAUGCUUUGACCUAUUUGGACAACAACCGAACACGCGAAGAGAUUGUAGUUGCUCUCCACCUUGCGUGUGCACAGAUGAAGGAGCUUAGCAAGCAGUGUGACCUUCUAGUAGAUGUGUAUACCCCGCGAAUGAUGGAGCAGCUUGGGAACAUUACGCCUCAGUCUUUCUGUGAGAAGACCAGGAUGUGCAAGCCACCAAGGGUCUUCGGUAGCAACGAUUGUGCGACGUGCCAGUUUUUCAUUUUAGAGAUCAAAAUAAAAUUGCAGGACCCAAAGACUCAGGAAAGGGUGCUGGAUGUGCUGAUGAAUGCUUGCAACCGUAUUACUAAUCACGUUGAUGAGUGUAAGUCGCUUGUGGCACAGUAUGGCCCAAUAGCACUCGCCGAUAUCGACAAGGUACUCGAUGCUCAGGCUGUGUGCUGCAAGGCUGGUAUCUGCAAAUCUAGAGUUUGUCCUCAGAAAGCCAAAGCGUGGACGGAGACGAUGGCGGAGCUAUUCUACAAAGACGACGAGCCUCUUAUUGCCUUACCGCAGGAACGCCUCACUAGCACUUACUGAAGACCUUUGUAUUAGUGCGAAGGGGUGCUUUGAUACUUUAGCAUUGUAACUUGUGUGGUGAGGGAUUUUCCAGGGUUAUAUAUGUACUUUUGUAGAUGACAUUCAAAAUGGUUGGUCGUUUGGUUCACCUAGACUGAUCUUUGUGACUUAGUUAUGACGGGUAUCUUAUAAUAGGUAGAUUUGAUAGGAUUUGUUGUUUUAUAUGAGAGUGUGAAAGCACUGAUUGUAAGUUCACGUUUUUAAAUGAGUGCGUCAUUCAUUUCAUUUGG